AUGGCUACACCCAGUGUCCUCGCUUUUGACGCUGAGGGUCGAGCCAUUGACUUUGAGGUCUGGCUCGACGACCUGCAGCUGUUUUUACAGUGCGAUAGGGCGGACGGUCUGUCUCUCUUUGACCUCACCUCUGGUGCCGUCCCUGCCCCUGCUACUGAUGCUGACGCCACUGUUCGCUCUCAGUGGGCCACGCGCGAUGCUGCUGCACGUCUUGCUGUGCGUCGCCACCUGCCUACCGCUGAGCGCGCGCACUUUAGCCAGUACAAGAGUGCUCAGACCUUGUACGACGCUGUAGUUGCGCGCUACUCCUCCCCUGCCACUGCUGCACUAAGCCGCCUCAUGCUCCCCUUCCUCUUCCCUGACCUUGCCGCCUUUCCCACAGUCGCUGAUCUCAUCACGCACCUCCGCACUAGUGACACUUGCUACCGCGCUGCGCUUCCUGCUGACUUCUGCGCCAAGAACCCCCCCCCCCAUGUACAUCACUCUCUACUUCUUAUCGAAAGCCUCGAGAAGGCCCUCCUUGCAGCGGAGAAGAGCAUAGUUGCUGUAGGAGCCUCUCGGGGUGACCCCCGCGCCCCCAUCUUUGAGGGGUGUUCUCCUUCCCCUCUCCUGCCCUCUGUCGCCUCUGCCGCUGCGGCCGACCUCGUUGGUCUUGAGUCGGUCGGUGCGGCGUCUGCCCCUAGUGGGAGACGCCGCUCUGGCAAGGGCAAGGGGGGCAAGGGAGCGGGUGGGGCCAGUGGGGGCGGCGGCGGUGGAGGUGGAGGCGGCGGAGGGAGUGGGGGUGGCGGUGGAGGUGGCAGCGGGGGUGGGAGUGCUAGUGGCGGCAGUGGAGGCGGCGGGGGUGGCGGCGGCGGUGGCGGUGGUAGCGGAGGUGGCGGAGGUGGCGGCGGUGGAGGCGGAGGCGGGGGCAGGGGUGGCGGAGGUGGAGGUGGUCGGAGUGGAGCUUCGCAGCGGAGCGGCACUGGGGGCGGUCAGCGCCAGCAUCAGCAGCAGCAGCGUUCUUGCGACGUCCCCACCCCUCAGCAGCUCCGUGAGUGGUACACGCAGCGUCAGCGCAGUGGGGGUUUUGGUCCCUGCACCUACCGCCAGCAGUUCCCGGAGGCCGCGGAGAUCCCCCGCUUGGGAGAGCUGUCUAGGGCUGGUGUAGCUAUCUUUGAUCUUGAUUUUGAUGCUAUCCUUGCUGCCAUGUAUGCUGUGACCAUUAGUGAUGAGGGUGACUGUUACCGGUGUUUCCCGCCCGAUCCGGGCAUUGGUACUGCUGCUCUAGGUACCGGUGAGGCUUCUGCUCUAGGUGCCAGUGCGUCUGUGCUCUCAGGUGCUGGUGAGGCGGCUCUCUCAGGUACUAGUGCGUCUGCGCUCUCAGGUACUGCGUCGGCUUCGGCCUCCCACACCUUCACCCUUGACUCUGGAGCGUCUCGCUCUUUCUUUCGGGACCGCACCACAUUCACGCCGCUUAGUCGGCCGGUUGCGGUUUCCCUGGCUGACCCCUCUGGGGGUCCUGUCCUGUCUCGCUUCUCCACAGUCCUCCCGUGUCCGGCGGCUCCCUCUGGCACCCUGUCUAGUCUCUACCUCCCCUCGUUCUCUACGAACUUGGUGAGUGGUGCUGACCUGCAGGAUGCGGGAGUCCACCAGUUCACCCCUGCUCGUCAGCGAGUGACGCACUGCACAGAGGCUAGCACGGUUCGUCAACUGGCUACGUUUACACGUCAGCCAGGGUCGAGCCUGUACACACUGACCACUGCUUCUCCUCCAGUUCUUGAGUCUAGUCGGGUCCCUUCGUCUGGUCAGGUGUUUGCUGCAGCGUCCAGGUCUGGUCCUGAGUUCGCCCCCUGUUCGUGUCGCCGUCUGUCUCACGAGACCCUCCUCUGGCACCACCGCCUUGGCCACCCCUCUCUGCUUUGGCUCAGAGGCAUGGCCUCCCGUCUUCUUGUGUCUGGUCUCCCCCGGUCCCUCCCUCCCCUUCCUCAGGGCCCCGGCCCUGCCUGUGUCCCCUGUGUCGAGGGGCGCCAGCGUGCUGCCCCUCACUCCUCCCAGUUUCCUCCGACAGAGGCUCCGCUGCAGACGCUUCACAUGGACGUGUGGGGCCCUGCCCGCGUCCGUGGACUCGGUCACGAGCGCUACUUCCUGUUGGUGGUUGACGACUACUCGCGUUACACCACAGUCUUCCCCUUGCGCAGCAAGGGUGAUGUCACUGAGGUGCUGAUCGACUGGAUCCGCGCAGCUCGUCUCCAGCUUAGGCAGAGCUUUGGCUCGGACUUUCCUGUGUUGCGUCUGCACUCGGACAGAGGCGGAGAGUUCUCCUCUGGCCUUCUGCGUGCCUUCUGUCGUGCGCGAGGCAUCCGCCAGACCUUCACGCUUCCGGACUCACCGCAGCAAAAUGGGAUUGCUGAGCGCCGCAUUGGCAUGGUCAUGGACGUCGCUCGUACGUCCAUGAUGCAUGCGGCUGCCCCCCAUUUUCUGUGGCCGUUUGCGGUCAGGUACGCGGCGCAUCAGCUCAACCUCCACCCCAGGGUCUCCAGGCCGGAGACCUCCCCAGCCCUGCUGUGGACGGGGAAGGUUGGCGAUGCGUCGGCGUUCCGGGUCUGGGGAUCUUGGGCGUUUGUCCGCAACUUGUCUUCGGACAAGCUGUCCCCUCGCGCUGCUCCCUGCGUCUUCCUGGGGUUCCCCCCCGACGCCCCUGGGUGGCAGUUCUACCACCCCACCUCUCAACGUGUUCUGUCCUCCCAGGACGUCACGUUCGACGAGUCGGUACCCUACUACCGCCUCUUCCCCUACCGCACUCCGUCCCUUCCCCCGCCCCCGCUCUUCUUGGUAGACACGGUCGAGCCUGUCGAGGUCACUGGUGACUCUGGUGCUGCUGCGGGAGCUGAGCCUGGGGGUGCUGGGACUGGAGGUGCUACGCUUGGGGGUGCUGAGCCUAGGGGUGCGGAGUCUGGGGGUGCUGAGCCUGGGGGUGCUGAGCCUGGGGGUGCUGAGCCUGGGGGUGCUGAGCCUGGGGGUGCUGAGCCUGGGGGUGCCGAGCCUGGGGGUGCUGUGCCUGGGGGUGCUGUGCCUGGGGGUGCCGAGUCUGGGGGUGCUGUGCCUGGGGGUGCUGAGCCUGGAGGUGCUGAGACUGGGGGUGCUCCGCCUGGAGGUGCUUCGUCUUGCCGGGAGCCUCUCUCCCUACAAGAGCUACGUGAGUGGUUUGCCCAGCGCUAUAGGCGUGCUGCUGGUGCUGGAGGUUCUUCGGCUGCAGAGGGUGCUGGAGCUGCUAGGCCUGAGGGUCCUCCUGGAGCUAGUGCUGCUGAGGGUGUUGGCGCUGAGUCUACUUGUGGCGGUCCGACUGGCAGUGCUCCUGGUACUGCUGGGGGUUCUGGAGCUGCUGGAGGUGCUGCUGGAGCGGGUACUCCGGCUGGGGGUACUGGUGCUGUCCCUACUGUCUCUGGCGUCGCCACGCGGCCCCGACCGUACUUCGUUCCGCUCCUGCAGCAGGUUCUUGGUCUUCCACCUUCUCCUGGUCCUCCUCCUCCUCCCUUAGAGGGUCCACAGCCUGUCCAGUCCCAUGGCCGCGGUUCACGUCAGCGUCCUCCUCCUGUCCCUGGCACGUACCGGAUGUCUCUGCGUCCGUCCACUGCUCCUCUGCGUGCCCCGUUGCCUUCUCCUCCUGCUUCCUCUCUUCCUACUCUUGCCGACCCGGCGUCGGACUCUCUUCGUGCUGCCAGUCCUACUGUCACGCGUCUCCUUGCUACUGCUGUCACCGACCCUUCUUUUGAGCCGUCUGCUGCGUCUGCCCUUGUCAAUGAGCUCGUCGACUUUGCUGCGCGCUGUCGUCUAGAUUACGCUGCUAGUCUUGUCGCUGAGUCUGAGUCUGCCUGUCGUCCGUCCGUCGGGGGUGAGUGUGCCCUUGGCACGAACGUCCUUCAGGACAGGCAGGAGGAUUUCCAGUGCCAGGCCGCCGCUUCACCUCAUCUUGCGUCUGCAGCUAUGGAUGCAGAGAUGGCUUCCUGGAAGUCCACAGGCACCUACGUUGACGCUGUUCCCCCUCCUGGGGCGAACAUCGUCAGUGGCAUGUGGAUCUUCUGGGUGAAGCGGCCGCCGGGCUCUCCGCCUGUCUUCAAGGCGCGUUACGUGGCUCGUGGCUUCAGUCAGCGGCAGGGAGUUGACUACUUUCAGACCUUCUCCCCCACCCCGAAGAUGACCACUCUUCGGGUACUGCUGCACGUUGCUGCUCACCGUGACUACGAGCUGCACUCUCUCCACUUCAGCACCGCUUUCUUGCAGGGCAGCCUGCACGAGGAGAUCUGGCUGCGUCGCCCACCUGGCUUCACUGGGUCUUUCCCUCCUGGUACCCAGUGGAGUCUCCGGCGUCUAGUCUACGGUCUUCGCCAGGCGCCACGUGAGUGGCACGACACACUGAGGACUACGCUGGCGGCACUUGGGUUUGCUCCUUCUACUGCCGACCCGUCGCUGUUUCUGCGCACCGACACCUCUCUGCCGCCGUUCUACAUCCUCGUGUACGUUGAUGACUUGGUCUUUGCCAUAGCUGACACUGCUGGACUCGCCUACGUGAAGUCCGAGCUGCAGAAGAGACACACGUGCACUGACCUGGGUGAACUGCGCAGCUACCUUGGCUUGCAGAUCACCCGGGACAGAGCACGCCGCACCAUUACCUUGACUCAGUCACACAUGGUGCAGCAGGUCCUUCAGCGCUUCGGCUUCACGUACUCCUCGCCUCAGGCCACUCCUCUGCCUACUCGCCACUCGCUCUCAGCUCUGCCUUCGGAUGAGUCCGUAGAGUCGAGUGGUCCGUAUGCAGAGCUUGUUGGCUGCCUCAUGUACGUGAUGACCUGCACACGACCUGACCUUUCAUACCCUCUUAGCAUUCUCGCACGCUAUGUUGCUCCUGGGAGACACCGACCAGAGCACAUGGCUGCAGCGAAGAGGGUGUUGCGCUACUUGUGCAGUACGUCGAGCAUGGGGCUAGUGCUUGGAGGGCGCAAUCCAGUGGUCCUCACUGGGCACGCGGACGCUUCUUGGGCUGACGACGAGGCUACUCAGCGGUCGUCACAGGGUUACACCUUCAGCCUUGGUUCCGGCUCUGUUUCGUGGCGGGCUACCCGCUCGUCUUCUGUUCUCGGCUCCAGUUGUGAGGCUGAGAUCUACGCCGGGGCUAUGGCUGCUCAGGAGCUUCGCUGGCUCACCUACCUGCUGACCGACCUUGGAGAGCCGCCUAGUUCUCCUCCAGUCCUUCCUGUCCUGUCUCACUUCUCCAUAGUCCUCCCGUGUCCGGCGGCUCCCUCUGGCACCCUGUCCUGUCUCUACCUCCCCUCGUUCUCUACGAACUUGGUGAGUGGUGCUGACCUACAGGAUGGGGGAGUCCACCAGUUCACUCCUGCGAGUCGGCGAGUGACGCACUGUACAGAGGCUCGCACAGGCCGAAACCUGGCUACGUUUACACGUCAGCCGGGGUCGAGCCUGUACACACUGACCACUGCGUCUCCUCCAGUUGUUGCGUCUGGUAGGGUGUCUGCGUCAGGUCAGGUGUUUGCUGCAGCGUCCAGGUCUGGUCCUGAGUCUGCCCACUGUUCGUAUCGUCUCCUCUCUCACGAGACUCUCCUCUGGCACCACCGCCUUGGUCACCCCUCUCUGCUUCGGCUUAGAGGCAUGGCCUCUCGUCUUCUUGUUUCUGGUCUCCCCAGGUCCCUCCCUCCCCUUCCUCAGGGGCCUGGCCCUUCCUGUGUCCCCUGUGUCGAGGGGCGCCAGAGGACUACCCCUCACUCCUCCCAGUUUCCUCCGACAGAGGCCCCGCUGCAGACGCUUCACAUGGACGUGUGGGGCCCAGCCCACGUGCUGAUCGACUGGAUCCGCGCAGCUCCUCUCCAGCUCAGGCAGAGCUUUGGCUCGGACUUUCCUGUUCUGCAUCUGCACUCGGACAGAGGCGGAAAGUUUUCCUCUGGCCUUCUGAGAGCCUACUGUCGCGCACGAGGCAUCCGUCAGACCUUCACGCUUCCGAACUCUCCGCAGCAAAAUGGGAUCGCUGAGCGCCGCAUUGGCAUGGUCAUGGACGUCGCUCGUACGUCCAUGAUGCAUGUGGCUGCCCCCCAUUUUCUGUGGCCGUUUGCGGUGAGGUACGCGGCGCAUCAGAUCAACCUCCACCCCAGGGUCUCCAGGCCGGAGACCUCCCCAGCCUUGCUGUGGACGAAAAAGGUUGGCGAUGCGUCGGCGUUCCGGGUCUGGGGAUCUCGGGCGUUUGUCCGCGACUUGUCUGCGGACAAGCUGUACCCUCGUGCUGCUCCUUGCGUCUUCCUGGGGUUCCCCCCUGACGCGCCUGGGUGGAAGUUCUACCACCCCACCUCUCGCCGUGUUCUGUCCUCCCAGGACGUCACGUUUGACGAGUCGGUCCCCUACUACCGCCUCUUCCCCUACCGCACUCCGUCCCUCCCCCCGCCCCCGCUCUUCCUUGUCCCAGGUCCCCCCCCGGUAGACCCCUCCCCCCUCAGGGUCCUGCCCCCUCAGGGGUUGCUGAGCCUGGGGGUGCUGAGCCUGGGGGUGCUGCGACUGGGGGUGCUGAGCCUAGGGGUGCUUAGAUUGGGGGUGCUGCGACUGGGGGUGCUGAGCCUGGGGGUGCUACGUCUGGGGGUGCUGAGCCUGAGGGUGCUGAGCCUGAGGGUGCAGAGCCUGGAGGUGCUACGCCUGGAGGUCCUCCGGGGGCUUCGUCUCGCCGGGAUCCACUCUCUCCACCGGAGCUGCGCGAGUGGUUUUCCCGGCGCUGGAGGCGUGUUGCUGGAGCUGGAGGUUCUUCGGAUGCUGAGGGUGCUGGUGCUGCGGGUCCCGGAGGUGCUCGUACUGGGAGUACUGGAGCUGCUGGGCCUACGGGUUCGACUGGAGCUGGUGCUGCUUCGGGCGUUGGUGCUGAGCCUACUGCUCGCGGUCCUGCUGGGGGUACUACUGGUACUGCUGGAGGUUCUUGAGCUGCUGAAGGUACUGCUGGAGCGGGUGCUCUUGCUGGAGGUACAGGUGUUAUCCCUGCUGUGUCUGGCGUCGCCGCGCGGCCUCGACCGUACUUCUGUUCCACUCCGGCAGCAGGUUCUUGGUCUUCCACCUUCUACAGGUCCUCCUCCUUCUUUAGAGUUACAGCCUGUCCCGUCACAGCUACAGUUACAGCCUGCCUCCCCACUACCUGCUCCCUCUCCCUACACUGGUCCUACUGGAGGUCUUGCUGAGCGUCGUGAGCCUGCGUCUCGUCCUGCGUCGCCUCUUCGUGCUGCUCGCACUAGUGGUCGCGGUUCGCUGUCAGCGUCCUCCUCCUGUCCCUGGCACGCACCAGAUGUCUCUGUGUCCAUCCACUGCUCCCUCUGCGUGCCCCUUUGCCUUCUCCUCCUGCGUCCUCUCUUCCUCCUCUUGCCGACCCGGAGUCGGACUCUCUUCGUGCUGCAAGUCCUACUGGUGAAGCGGCCGCCGGGUUCUCCGCCUGUCUUCAAGGCACGGUACGGGGCUCGUGGCUUCAGUCAGCGGCAGGAAGUUGACUACUUUCAGACCUUCUCUCCCACCCCGAAGAUGACCACUCUUCGGGUACUACUGCACGUUGCUGCUCAGCGUGACUACGAGCUGCACUCUCUCGACUUCAGCACAGCUUUCUUGCACGGCAGCCUGCACGAGGAGAUCUGGCUGCGUCGCCCACCUGGCUUCACUGGGGUCGUUCCCUCCUGGUACCCAGUGGAGUCUCCGGCAUCCAUUCUACGGUCUCCGCCAGGCGCCCCGUGUGAGUGGCACGACACACUGAGGACUACACUUGCGGCUCUUGGGUUUGCUCCUUUUACUGCCGACCCGUCGCUGUUUUCUAUGCGCACUGGACACUUCUCUGCCGCCUUUCUACAUCCCGUGUAUGUCCACGACUUGGUCUUUGCCACUGCUGACACUGCUGGACUCGCCUACGUGAAGUCGAGCUACAGAAGUAGACAACGUGCACAGACCUGGUGA